AUGGCGAGAUCACCGUACUACGGCUCAUCGUACUUAGACUACCUCUCUCUCCCAAACCCACACCUCUGUUUCUUCUUCAUCGUCGUCUUCUCCGUCUUGUCCCUCACAUGGUACUUGAACUACGAGUCCGUCAUCGAGGACACCUUGAAUCAGCUAAAGUUCGUCUUCAUGCUUUCCCCUCUCUUCCUCCUCCUCCUCGUCCACUUCUUCUCCGGCGGCCUCUCCUUCUACGUCCCCUGGCCUGACCAAGACUCCAUCCACCGCGCCGGUGCUUCCCCUUGGGGCGUAGCAGCCGUGCUCGUGAUCAUCUUGUGCAUGAUCUGGUACCAGUCAGAUUUCCAGGAGAUGUGGUUUCCCUUUGGGGCUAAGUAG